CCAACAUUGUCCUGCAUUCCUUCAUCCAACUCUCUGGUGAAGUUUAUCAGAAAUCAUGACGACCUCAUCGGAAGACUUUUUCUGCCCUCGCAAUGGCGCUCAAUGGUAUGCCUGUACGACAGGCACUUUGUUUGUUGGCUGCUGUAAAAUAUCUCCCUGCGAGUAUGGCUGCUCCGGAGAAGACCUAGCCGCAGUAUCCUUCAAACCGGAGACUAUGGGCACCUUUCCUGACGGCUCUUGUUAUGACCAUAAUGUCAACUUUUGGUCCGUCUCGACAUUUGCUACGAUCAACCAGCGUGCCACUUUCUGGGGUUGCUGCGCCUCGAACCCAGCAUAUAAUGGCUAUUGCCCGCAGGGUGAUCUUAGACCCGCUCACUUACGAAAAGAAGAUUUGGAUUCAAUUUACACGAGCACCAACAUCAGCAGAGUACCUGCAGUUGACCCACCUUCGGUAACAUCGUCGAUAAGGAAAGCGCAAAGCCCACCGGUCACAUAUUCGUGGGAUGAACAACUCUUCAACACGAAAAAGAUCAAUCGGCCGAAUGCAACGAUUUCGAUCGGAGUGUCUGGCGCUCUCAUAAUCGGUCUCUGUGCCCUUCUGGGAUUGUGGGUAUGCCUUCGGCGCCCGAAGAAAGUAUCCAAGGAUUCGCGGCCGAGCGCAGAGAGUAUUGCAUUCCAUCCAAAAGCUGAGACAAGUUCGGGCAUAAGUGAUGCGCUUUUGACUACUGAUCAGUCGCGCACCCCUCCCAGGCUUCAUGAAUUAUCCCGACUCGGCACGAAAACGCUGUAUGUCCUUCUCAGCACAUCGAUUAUCAUUUUGAUUCUUUUGGGAUUCUUGGCCUGCUUGUGGUUUGGUAACGCAAGUAAUAAGACAUGGAAAAAGAUCAUGAUUACCAAUUGGGCCACCAGAUCCGUAUCGAUUACGGCAUUGUUUUUGAGGACGGCAAUAGAUUUUCAAGCCGCGAUAGGGUCGGCUAUAAUAGCAUCAUUACUCCUCGAGUCCAACACCGGCACUCAUUUGUUCCACCUCGCGAGCCUGUCACCUAUGCGAGCUGGCACUUCCAACCCAUGGAGUCUCGGUCAACUGAUGGUGGAGGAGAUGUGGCUCACUACGGCUAAGCAGCGGAAAAAUCACCUAUGCUACAUCAUUGCCCUUCUUCUCCUUGCCACAACGAGUACCCUCCAGUUUUCGUCGACACUUCUACUAUCAGAUUUGAAGCCUGGAUCCCUCAGUGGUAACGCCGUCGAGACUGAAGUACGGCCCAGUCUAUCCUACAUGAACAUCAGCGAAAGAAUACCACGCGAUGCGGCAUGGACAACGAACCCCCCGUUUUACCCAACUUUCGGGGAGCACUCAAGUCCGGUCAAGGAUAUCGAGAAUGGUAUUACGGACACCGGCGUUUUGUUGCGUACAUUUUUGCCCUAUGCCACUGCCAAUUCCCGUCAGACCCUACAUAGCUACACCGGAAAUGGCCUCGUCUUGGAUGCACGUGUUUCUUGCCAAGCGCCCUUGAUCACCCAAUUCAAUGGUACUGAACACUAUUCUCAACUCCAAGGUACUGUGGAGACUACAAAGAAUUCUACAAUGUUGCAGACGAUUUAUCCGACAAGCUUUGAUUGCGCGGUUGCCGGAUUGAAUGACUAUUCGAUCUGUCAGGUCGGACAACCAUAUCCUGGCUUUAUAGGCUCCUUAAACAGCCAUUUCAUGAGGUCAACUAGCUAUGGCACCGCCUUUCUAGUCAUCAAAGGAUCAAACCCCACUACAAUAAAGUCAAACGAUAUCAACAACACCGCAACAAAUAGCGAAUGGAUAGACCUGGUAUUUGCAAACGCUACCGGCGUGGGUGCUUCUAUGUCUCUCUGUUUCGCGCCAUGGGACGCAGCGGUAUUGAACAUCACACUCUCCAGCACGGCGAACCGAACCGAACCUCAACUUGCUUGGUGGGGCUCAUUCAUCACUUCUGACAUUCUUAACUACCUUCUCCCCCAAUCUACGCAGAGCAAGCAUCUACGUAGAGUACUACAGAUGUCCCCGCCACAGAGUCUAUCGGGUGACCUCCCUCCUCCGAAGGAGCGUCCGUUUAUCCAAAGCGACGCUUCAGGUAGCUCAGCAACCCAAGACGGAUCGAACACGCCUCUGCCACAGGACUGGAGCAUUUUCAUGACCCAAAAGCCGCUUCCCGCUGUCAUCAACAAUUUCUCGAAGCGCCCAUCGCAGGCCAUCGCCGCAGAUCCCGCGUUGGGGGCCAUCUUCACCGACACCCUUGCCGCGAACCAUUCCGUCGCCUGGGCACUGUCCUCAGUCAUCACUAUCCUCUCCAUGACGAACUACUACAGCCAGCAGCCGGCAUUUGACCGCCUAGACACCGCCAAAGUAUCUUUCUUCAGCGACGUACCGUAUCCGCGAGAUUAUGUUGGCUUCAUGCUACUUACGUGGGCAUUGGUCGCACAUUUCCUCCUCAUGGCGAUACUCCUAGUACUGUUUGUUACAAGGACACACUUGACGCUUCUCGGGAACGCGUGGCCGGCGUUUGCGCAGUUAGCUGAAUCACCUCAGCUCAAGGAACACAUGACUAAUGCUACGCUGAAGAACGAUGGUGAGAUUUUGAAAGCUAUGAGGGCUAAGGGAAAAGACCGUGUGAGAGUAAGAGUUGUGCACAAAGGAGAUGGAGCAGAGGUUGUUACGGAUUGAAAUCUCUGGCCUGUCUUCGCAACGAUUGGACCAGAACAGGAGCCACCGAUUUUGUUUAUAGCAUAAAAAACAGGCCUUUUAAAUUGAGUUUGACAAAAGCUAUGGUCUGGAGCGAGUAUGUGUGAGCUCCAAAACAUCAGUCUUUGCAGCUUUCUCGCACAUAUUCGCAACUCGGCGUGUUGAUUCUGGUGUAGUAUUGCCAACUUUGCUACAUGGAGGGGGGUUCGGCUUGAUCCCAAGUGAGACCACAGGUCGAGUAUCAUCCUUGACUGUACUUGAGCUGUAGGUACCCUGAUCGAAGAAGUUUUGUUUACUUUCAAGAGUUCCGUAUCGCUAGACCCACUACAAAAAACAGCUCUAUAUACACAGAAAUUUGCCGCUCUAAGCAAAGGCUGUUUUGUAUUGGUUCGUUGUGGCGCGUGAAAGGCGGGCUAUAUGAUGGUCACUACAAAACCUGCAUGCUGUUCAUGAUCAGG